GUACUGUUACGUACGGUCGUACGGUACGGACGCGAAUCGACGCGGUUUCGCUUACUAGAUUUGUUUUAUCCUCCUUUAAAAUUAAUAACUACCAACGAAUAACCAUUCCUGAUCUUGCCAGCUAAGUAAACUUAAUGAACAUUAUUCCAGUGAUCAAACCCUGUAUUUCUAAAGUUUAUAUCCUUUCCUUAAUUAGUUUGGAGUGAAGUGUUUUUUUUAUAAUUGUGGGUAUUUUUAAUUACUAACCUGUUAUAAAAUAUAUGAAGUGAUUUAGAAUUUAAACCAACCCAAAACCAGACCCAGUGCUUACGAGUAAUAUGUUGUUUUCAUAAGAGACCGAUCGUCAGUCAUCGUUUCCCGGUCAUCAGAAUUGCAAAGAAAUGGAAUCAUCUAAGAAGAAAGGACGGCCAGUUCAUCCUAGAUCUAGAGCUAAUCCACUGUCAGCAUUAACAUUUGCAUGGACUCUUCCUAUGUUCUGGAGUGGUUUAAGAAAAGAACUCGAAGAACAUGAACUGUAUGAACCUUUAGAAGAACACUCUUCAGGACCACUUGGUGACAAAUUUGCACGCUUAUGGGAGGAAGAAGUAGCCCGUGCUGGAGGCAAGAGAACGCCAAGUCUCCUCCGAGUGAUUCUCAAAGCUUACGCAGGGAGAUGUAUGCUGUAUGGAAUGGUGCUGCUAUUUAUGGAGUGUGGAAUAAGAUUGGCUCAGCCAGUGUUCUUGGGAAAGUUGGUGGAUUACUACAGUCCGGAGAAAGAGAGAAUCGACUCCACAGAAGCUUACUACUACGCUGGCGCAGUAGUACUGUGUUCCGCCAUCAACGUGUUCGUUGUACAUCCGUACAUGAUGGCCAUAUUACAUAUGGGCAUGAAGUUCAGGGUGGCUUGCUGCUCACUUAUCUAUAGAAAGUCCUUAAGACUAUCGAAGACGGCGCUUGGCGAGACGACCGUCGGCCAGGUUGUGAAUCUCCUGUCAAAUGACGUGAACCGAUUCGACGUGGCCGUAAUUUUCGUGCACUACUUAUGGAUAGGCCCGUUGGCAACCAUCAUCAUCACCUACCUCAUGUGGCUCGAGAUCAGUUGGGCGGCUGUCGUCGGAGUUGCGUUUAUGCUGGCCUUCAUACCGUUACAAGCUUACCUUGGCAAACGCACGUCGGUUCUACGUCUAAAGACCGCACUGAGAACGGAUGAAAGGGUACGCCUCAUGAACGAAAUCUUAUCUGGGAUUCAAGUCAUCAAGAUGUACACUUGGGAGAAACCUUUUGCCGACCUCGUCGCCAAGGCUAGGAAACACGAGAUCAAGCAAAUCCGAGCUACUUCCUACAUCCGCGGCGUGUUGACAUCCUUUAUAAUGUUCACGACGCGUAUUUGUUUGUUCUGCUCGAUUCUGGCUUACGUUUUGGUCAAUAACGUUAUCAGCGCGAGACAAGUAUUCGUCGUCACAAGCUUCUAUAAUAUCUUGAGGCAGACGAUGACUGUAUUCUUUCCGCAAGGUAUUGCUCAAGUAGCUGAAGCAGCGAUAUCAAUAAAGCGUCUUCAAAGCUUCAUGUUGUACGAAGACACCUCUAAGCCAGUGCCCGGACUCGCUGACAUUCAAACGUCGACCAAAUUCAAAGAGGGCUUAGAGUCUCCAGUAGAAAGAGAAGAUCUCGAGGAACCUGCAAAGCUAGAUCUGGAGAAGAAAACAAUGGAACCGAGGAAAUCGGAAACUCUUGAAACUUUGGCUGAGCACAAAAUUGCGGAGGGCAAAGGAAAUGGUACUACUGCAACACUAGCACCAUUAGAAUCUGGUGAGGAAGACGACCAGGAAUUAUCUACACGGAUAGAGGAAGAUUCGCGCGGUGUAAGACUGAAACAUGCGACCGCUAAGUGGAUAGUCGCUCACCCUGAAAACACCCUUACCGAUUUAUCGCUGUCUAUAAAGCCUGGCAAAUUAAUCGCCGUAAUAGGCCCAGUUGGCGCCGGCAAAUCUUCCUUGCUACAUGUUUUACUACGGGAGUUGCCGCUACAGUCAGGCAGUGUUCAUAUUGGCGGAACUGUAUCUUAUGCCAGUCAAGAACCGUGGUUAUUUGCAGGAAGCGUUCGACAGAAUAUAUUAUUUGGACAAGCAAUGGACAGGCCACGGUACAAUAUGGUAGUGAGACGGUGUGCUCUCGAUCGGGACUUUUCAUUGUUUCCUCAAGGAGACAAAACAAUAGUUGGCGAAAGAGGAGUCAGUCUUAGUGGAGGUCAACGUGCGCGUAUAUCAUUGGCUCGUGCUGUAUACAAACGCGCUGAUAUAUAUCUAUUGGACGAUCCUCUAUCCGCCGUGGACGCUCACGUUGGCCGCCAUUUGUUCGAGUCAUGUGUGGUGGGAUAUCUAAGAAAUACCACAAGAGUACUGGUCACACAUCAGCUACAGUUCUUGCGUGACGUAGAUCAGAUAAUUAUUCUGAAGAACGGCACCAUAGCGGCGGCGGGUGACUUUGAAACUCUGAGCGCGUCCGGUUUAGACUUUGCCUCGUUAUUGGCCCGCGAUGAGCACGCAGAAGAGAAACCCACAUCGGAACAAACGCCUGCUGCUGAUACAGAAGAUUCGAUUAUAUCACAGGGUAGCUUCCGUAAGCGGCAAAUGAGUAUACAUUCGGUCAGUUCGGUGGAUAAUCUGACAGCGACAGCGCCCCCCGAAGGUGGACGGGAAGAAGCGGAAAUUCGUUCAGCUGGUGCCGUGUCUGGAAAAGUGUACGGAGCAUAUUUGAGAGCCAGUGGACAUCCGUUAGUCGUUGCGUUGAUGCUUUUCGUAGCUGCAUUGGCACAGUUGUUGGGUUCUGGAUCAGAUUGGUGGACCAGUAAUUGGGUUAAUCUUGAAGAAAGUACUCCUCUACAAGCGACCCAAAUGUUGGACAGAAAUUCAACGAAUCCAUUGGAGUUGGCGAACCAUCUCGAAGAAUCGUUAAUAGAUAAUGUACAAUAUGAAGGAGGACUUACAAGAUACGACUGCAUAUAUAUCUAUACUGGCAUGGUGGUCGCCCUAGUGGCGAUAUCUCUAUUGCGUUCGUUCAUGUUCUUCUCUAUGGCUAUGCGCGCGUCUACACGUCUUCAUAACAAAAUGUUCGCGUCCAUAACUCGAGCGCCGAUGCGUUUCUUCCAUUUGAAUCCUUCUGGAAGGAUCCUGAAUAGAUUCUCUAAAGACAUGGGCGCCGUAGAUGAGGUGCUGCCGUCUGCAUUACUUGACGUAUUACAGAUAGGAUUAUCUCUCAUUGGUAUCGUGGUGGUAGUAGCGGUAGUAAACUACUGGUUACUCGUUCCUACGGUGGCCAUCGGAUUUGUAUUCUACGGCCUGAGGAUCUUCUAUCUCGCUUCCUCGCGCAGCAUCAAGCGCCUCGAGGGUCUCGUAGUCCGGUGUUUUCACACUUGAACGCUACCCUGCAAGGUAUAACAACUAUACGCGCCUUCGGUGCACAAGAGGCUCUCAUCAGGGAGUUCGACAAUCAUCAGGACCUGCAUAGUUCCGCUUGGUGAGUCUGAUUUACUGUGUUUUACAUUAUAAACAUAUUUGAUUAAUCCCUUUUAUAACUCGGGUUGAAUUUCGGUGUGCGGCCGCUCAACUCUCUAGCCAUGAUUCCAGCCAUAGGACAUGAUAUCUUAGCGAUGCUGUGUCGAUAUUUCGUUUCAUUUUAUUACUUUAACACGUACUUUAUUAAUGCUGAACGAAUGAUAAAGAAUGGCAAUUAUGGCGUUGGCAGCAGCGUUUCCAAACUAGUAAUUUAUCACAAGUUUAUUCACACCAAGACAUACCAAAAAUGUAAGAUUAAACAAAAUAUAGCCAUAACAUUUAUAAGAUGUCGUAUUAUAAACAUAUUUGAUGUAUUACUCUUCGAACACAAGAACGGGUUGAAUGGGGAUGAAGACAGGGUAAAAAAAAGAAAUUCUACUUAGUCCGUCAGUCAGAUAAUAGAAAUAUAUUAGAUACGUAUUUUUUUUUUACUUCAUUUCAACAAUAAAUACCUUAGGCAAUAAAGUUGAGGAGUGUGGGUUCGCUACGUCACAGUUGUGUAGAAAAUGUACAUUUUAACUCAAUUUAUUUAAAAAAUAAAAAAUACGUGUUUAAUAUUUUUCAACAUUCUACCUGACGGACAAACAAAAAAAAUUACUGUUCAGAUACUUUUAGUUUGGAAAUAUUUGUAGAAGUCCAAGGAAGAAGAAGGUG